CGAAGCAUGCAUAAUCGAGCAACAGUACGCAGAAAUACGUAGUAUUUCCCCAUUUCGCUACAAUCUGGAAAAAAUCUUUAGACUUAGGGAGAUGGACUACUCUUCUCCAGGUACCAGGAGGGGACAGUAUAUAAAGGCUCAGGUCACCUGAGCCCCUCCUCAGUUUGCCUAAAACCUAUUAGGCCACUAAGUAUCCGUUACUUCAUCAAUAUUGUUUUUUCAUCCUACAAUCCAUUCGAUAUUACCAUUCCUGUGACCAAAUUGCCAUCUUUAUCGCUGUAUUUACAAAAUAGCGCGUUUUUAUGCCUCUCCUGUAUCAACAAUUCAUGUGCCAUUAAAUCGAGACUUUAUUGAGAAUUAGGAAAAUGAUAAGCUGGUUGGAGAUAUUAGUGUGGCUGGGCCUACCUGUCCUCAUCUACUUCGGAUUCUUCUGGAGAAUUAAUUGGGUCAGGCAUUUGGAUCACAAGAAGAGAUUUUACGCGCGAGUUGACUAUCGAAGAAGUCGGCAGUGCAAUCCAGUUUAUCCAAAUGGGUGGUUUGCAAUUUUGGAUAGUCAUGAGUUGAAAAAAAAAGAGGUCAAACACGUGAGCGCAUUAGGCGAAAAUCUUGCUGUUUACAGAACGAAGAAAGGGGAGGUUCAUAUACUGGAUGCCUACUGUCCACACCUUGGUGCCAACAUGGCAGAGGGUGGUAAGGUAAUUGGCAAUUGUCUUCAAUGUCCAUUUCACGAUUGGAGUUUCCGUCCAGACGGCAACUGCGACAAUAUUCCGUAUUCAAACAAGAUACCACCUAAUGCCAAAGUCAGAGCAUGGAAAUCGCUGGAGGUGAAUAAUCUUAUUUUCAUGUGGUAUCACGCUGAAAUGGAGGAUCCCGGAUGGUACCCCGAGCCAAUAGCCCAAAUAGCGGAUGGAAGUUACCGGUGUCAGGGACGAAAUGAAUAUCACAUCUCUGCUCAUAUACAAGAAAUACCGGAAAAUGGUGCAGACUGGGCACAUCUGACCGCUCUUCAUGGGCCCGCAAUACUCGUCAACUCAUUUUUGCCUGGACUAUUCCACCAUUCGUGGACCGCGACUGAUUGGCAACCUCGACAAUCCCACGAUGGAACCCCCGGGUGUCCACAUGAAGCUUAUCUCACACUCUCUCAUGAUGUUGUUCUUUUCGGAAAAUUCUCAAUACUAAAGCUCCACAUAACAGCGGUGCAAAUCGGCCCCGGUUACGUUCAUCUCACUGUCAACACGAGUGUCGGUCCGAUGUUCAUUGUUCAAACUGUUACACCAAUAGAGCCAUUCCUCCUCCGCGUCACUCACUCAGUCUAUUGUGCCCCGUGGAAUGCCCUCUUCGGAAAAAUCAUCUUUCUAGGUGAGUGCAUCAUGUUCGAGAGAGACGUGCACAUAUGGAAUCACAAGGAAUUCCUCAAGAAUCCACUUCUACUCCCCGAAGAGAAGAAGAUAAAGGCUUUCAGAAAGUGGUACAGUCAAUUCUAUUCACCAAAUAGCCCAACAUAUCAGUCCAUCAAAUCUCUCGAGUGGUAAAUUGACAUUUUAAAUUGCUCAAAAAGUCAUGCACAAAUAAUUGCCGAUACAUCUUUGUAAAUUCAAUAGUGAGUCCUUUCAACGUAUCCAGUUAAAAUCCAAUGUAACAUCUAAUAAAAAAGA